AUGGCUCCAACACGCAAAAAAAGGAAACUUAACGAGCCUAAUCCUGAACAAUGGCCAAGCCACUUUCAGGACCUGUAUAAAGUGUUCAAGGCACUCAACACCGUGCUCGCCUUUGUUUCGUCCAGGAAACAGAUGGCCAGCUCGUUUCAGUCCAUCAGGGCGUCUGUGGAGAGUCUCUUGAAGCGCCCACUCGACCUGGAGAGUGUGGCGGAGCUCAAGAGUCUGCUUCCGGAUCUCGUCAAGUUCGCCUACAUCCCGCGCAGUGAAGCGCUUGCACACCAGGAGCCUUCGCGAGAACCUGAUUUUCGGCUCCGUGACGCUAGUACCCACGACGAGCAUAUUCUCGUCCUUGAAUUCGUUGACAAGUCGCACGGCAAGGCGAUCCAAGACCAGUCACAGAUGCUCAGCGCUCCGACGACCCUGACUCCCGCUGCGAUGAAAAAACUCAUCGAAAAAAGGAAUCAACGGUUCGAACAGACAGUCAACGAACUGCUUCUGACUGCUGCACCCGGGGAAGACUCUGUUGCACUUCUUCAAGCUGCAGCACGAGACCAUCUACCCGUCCAACCGAGCCACUCGUCGACCUUGCCGAUCUCUGCUCCAAGCGCGGAAAAUCGCCCCUCGGUGCACGCGGUCUUGGAUGAGGUCAUCCAGCAAGACUGGUACCUGGACCAAAUCGUCGAACGUCGAAGUGUGCCCGCAAAAUCUGCAGCCAUCGGUGCUUAUUGGGUCCUCUUACGCCCGGUUGAAUUGAACACUAAUAUUCCAGGAUCUCUGGAAUUUGCGCUCUCCGAUGGUAUCGCGGACGCCUUGCGACAUUCCCGAAAGAUCACGAGCUUCUACACUCACCAGGCAGAGGCACUGAAUGCGAUAAACCGCAGGAAACAUGUUAUUGUCAGUACAAGUACGGCAACGGGGAAGAGUGUCACGUACCAAGUUCCCAUCUUGCGGUUCUUGGAGUCAGACAGAAACUCGACUGCGUUGCUUGUUUAUCCUACGAAGGUUGCCGCUCUGGCGCAAGAUCAGCGCGCAGCUCUCGAGCAACUUUUGGCAUCGUGUCCAGGGUUGGAAGACGUCCAAGUUGCUACCUAUGACGGCGACACGCCUCCGGAGCUCCGGGCCGGUAUCCGCGAGAACGCCUCUAUCAUCUUGACGAACUUCGACAUGAUCCACGCUGGCAUUCUACCAUUCGAGGAUCUGUGGAGAAGAUUCCUUAAGAAUGUCAAAGUGCAGCUUUUGGCGGUGGACGAGCUUCACUACUACUCGGGUGUUCUGGGCAGCCAUGUUGCGCUGAUAGUCCGCAGAUUGCGGCGCGUAUUGGCUGCGUUGGGAAAUCGGUCUUUUAUCUGCGUCUCGUGCAGCGCGACAUUGUCCAAGCCCGCUCUCCACAUGCAGCGUAUAUUCGGCUUUGACGCGGCGGAAAUCCAGGUUGUCGACGCGGAGUCGGCGCCGUCUGGCCCCAAGGAAUUCGUUAUAUGGAGUCCACCUUCCAACACCACAACAGAUCGGCCGAUCAGCUGCAUCUCCGAAGCCACCACCUUGAUGGCGUUUUUGAUGCAACACGGAAUACGCGUCAUAUUGUUCUGCAAGCACCGGAAAGUCUGUGAACUGGUGAUGAAAAGCCUGCGCUAUGAGUUGACGAAAGCAGGCCGAUAUGACGUCUUGAACCGUGUGAAAUCAUAUCGUGGCGGUUACUCUCAACAGGAUCGGCGUCAAAUAGAACACGAUGCAUUUACUGGUCACCUUUUAGGAAUCGUUGCGACGAACGCUCUCGAACUUGGGGUUGACAUCGGGAGCUUGGACGCCGUCAUUAUGCUCGGUUUCCCUUCCUCGGUCGCAAGCUUUCGUCAGCAAGCUGGCAGAGCAGGUCGUCGUACCCGGGACUCGUUGGCCAUAUUCGUCGCCGAAGCACUGCCCAUCGACCAGUACUACGCCAAGCAUCCGGACAGGAUUUUCGAUGGCGACGUUGGGGAUCUGAUGGUCGAGUUGGACAACAAGAUCCUGCUUGAGCGUAUGCCGUCAAGCGUCCCCUCAGCGCUAAUUUUCAUCCCACUUAGCCCACCUGCAAUGCGCCGCCCAGGAGAUGCCCCUUUGCGACGCCGAUUCUUCCUAUUUCGGCCCGCUGAUGAAGGAGAUUUGUCAGGGGCACCUCCGCGUCGACAACGAAGGAUGGCACGUCGCCCUUUUUUUCUCACUAUGGUGAAUGUUGGUGACCUCGGCUACAGGUACCACCCGCACGCCAAGUUCCUGCCCUUCCCCUCCAAGUUCAUCUCGAUCCGGAAUAUUCAGGACGACCGCUAUAUGGUGGUGGACACCACGGUGCUGGGCCGCCCGCGGCUGCUCGAGGAAAUCGAGGUGUCGAGGGCGCAGUUCGAGAUCUACGAGGGCGGCGUGUUCUUGCAUCAGGGGCGUUCAUUUAUCGUCCAGGAUAUUAGUCACGAUGCGAAGCGCGCGUCGGUAGUCGAGGCGGACAUCAACUGGCAUACGUCUCCACGGGACAUCACGAACGUUGACGCAGUGCAAACGCAUCGCAUCAAGGAAAUCAGAGACUCGCCGCAUCGGGCAUACUAUGGACGCGUCAGCAUCCAGACGCUCGUUUUUGGAUUUUUGAAGAUCAGAAAUGGUAGCAUUCUCGACACUGUGGCGUUGCAGAACGAACCAUGGGAGCAUGAGACUACUGGUUGCUGGAUCGACGUGCCCGCAUCCGUCCUCGCGCUUCUGCGGAUCAAGCGGUUUAAACCCGCAGCUGCUAUCCACUCUGCACAACACGCGAUAAUGAACCAGUUCGUGCUCAAACAAGUCGAAACAGAAUGCAAGGCCGCCGAGAAGGAGUUCAAGAAGAAGGAAAGCGCGCGCAAGCGGCCUGCCAGGCUGAUAUUCUUCGAUCCUAUCGGGACGGAGAGCGGCGCCUCGUCCAAGGCGUUUGACAAUGUGCACGAAUUGUUGCGGAGCGCUGAACAUGCAAUUGCGGUCUGUGCUUGUGAAGAGGGGUGCGGCGAAUGUGAGAGCAUCAAUUCCUCUCCACAAAUUAACCUCCUCGCAGGCAUCCACAGCGGCAAGUGCAAAGAAAAGAACGUCAUCUCGUCCAAACUCGGGGCACGCCUGAUUCUGCAGGGUAUACUCGACAUGCCCAUCGACCCAGAGAGCAUCGCAGUGCAAACAGACGACGAGCGCGGCCACGACACUAUCGUCGAGCCGCCGACAGUGGGAGAGCUUAUAGGCAUUGAUGUGGAGCGUGCAAAUACAUAA